CCGAGGCCCCCUAGGAUGCAAGCAGCUAGGGAAGCAAGAAGCCGGGUCACCAUGGCCUCCCCGUCCCUGUCGUCCUGCCAGCUGGAGGACGAGAGCCUGAAGGGAUGCGAGCUCUAUGUUCAGAAGCACGGCAUCCAGCAGGUCCUCAAAGACUGCAUUGUGCACCUCUGCGUCUCCAAGCCCGACCGCCCCCUCAGGUUCCUCCGGGACCACUUUGACAAGCUGGAGAAGGAAGAAAACAGACAGCUUCUGGCUCAGCAGAAGUCAGCCUCCCAGUCAGACUCGCACGAUGAGGAAGUCUCACCCACCCCUCCGAACCCUGUGGUGAAAGCCCGCCACCGCCGAGGGGGCGUGAGCGCCGAGGUGUACACGGAGGAAGAUGCCGUGUCCUAUGUGAGGAAGGUCAUCCCCAAGGACUACAAGACCAUGACAGCGCUGGCCAAGGCCAUUUCCAAGAAUGUGCUUUUCGCCCACCUCGAUGACAAUGAGAGGAGCGACAUAUUUGAUGCCAUGUUCCCCGUCACUCACAUCGCCGGGGAGACUGUUAUACAGCAAGGAGAUGAAGGGGACAACUUCUAUGUGAUCGACCAGGGAGAGGUAGAUGUGUAUGUGAAUGGAGAGUGGGUGACCAGCAUCAGCGAGGGGGGCAGCUUCGGGGAGCUGGCCCUCAUCUACGGCACCCCCAGGGCAGCAACCGUGAAAGCCAAGACCGACCUCAAGCUCUGGGGCAUCGACCGGGACAGCUACCGGCGGAUUCUCAUGGGCAGCACGCUGAGAAAGCGCAAGAUGUACGAGUUGUUCCUGAGCAAGGUCUCCAUCCUGGAGUCCCUGGAAAAGUGGGAGUGCCUGACGGUGGCCGAUGCCCUGGAGCCGGUCCAGUUUGAAGACGGAGAGAAGAUCGUGGUCCAGGGUGAGCCUGGGGAUGACUUCUUCAUCAUCACGGAGGGCACGGCCUCUGUCCUUCAGCGCCGAUCCCCGAACGAGGAGUAUGUGGAGGUGGGGCGCCUCGGGCCGUCGGACUACUUCGGGGAGAUUGCGCUACUGCUGAACCGGCCCCGGGCGGCCACCGUCGUGGCGCGGGGGCCCCUCAAGUGCGUCAAGCUGGACCGGCCCCGCUUCGAGCGCGUGCUGGGCCCCUGCUCCGAGAUCCUCAAGCGAAAUAUCCAGCGUUACAACAGCUUCAUCUCCCUGACCGUCUGACCUGCGCCGCCUCCAUGUGGACCCAGGUCAUCUCCCUGGUCUGAGCCGUGCUGCCUCCCUGGCGCGCCUGCCAGCCUCCCUGUGGACCCAUGUUUGGAAUAAAGCAGUCACCUCGCAUUUCACAGACUAGGGCGCCCAAGACCCAGGCCCUGCCCCAUGUGCCCCUUCCCUCCGCCCGGCGGGCUCAUCUCUGGGAACCCACCCUCUCAUCUCCCAGGUCUGGGGGAUACGGGAGUGUGCCCACCCUAAGGCCGAGGGAGUCUGCUGGCUGCUGGUCCUGCUGGAGCUGCAGGAGGACGGGCCCCCCCACCCAUCACUCUCCUUUCCAGUCUGGCCAGGUGUAGCCCCAGGCCCCAGAAUGGCAGGUCACUGGGUCUAGAGUCCAGGUGUGGGGUGACAAUGUCCAAAGGGGCCCCACAGGGACCCUGGGGCUACAAGCGAGAUCUGAGACGGCCCAGGCCCCUCCCUCAUAUUUCCUCCCUCUCCCAGAGUCCUGUCGAGAUGCCAGGGUUGGGAGACCCCCCGGGUGGCAACCAGUCCCUGCCUCAGAGAGGAGGAAGGCCCGGUUCCUGCCCUCAUGGGCCCAGGCUGCAGGCAUGUUUGGAGGAGCGCCUUGCUCACCUGUCUUGGAUAAUGUACCUGGGGGUGGGCCAGGGACACUGGUAAGUUUGCCAGUCGGGCAGCUGGUGGUCCCAUGGGCCCAGACACCCAGGACAGAGGAAACACCACGGGAUCUGGGACCUUCCAGUGCCACUCUUGGAGGGGACCCCUGACACUGCUGUACACGGAGGGCCUGACCCCACUUCCCCCAGUGUCUGUCAUCUGCGUCUUUGGGAACCAGCUUCUCGCAGACUCUGAGGGGGAGGAGGAAUCUCCUACGAUGUACUGUGGGUAAAGGUGAGAGAACCAGAGCCCCAUUCUGAGCGAGCCCGCAGUCUUGUCCCCCGUGGACAAAGCUCCUUGCUGGGGAGACACAUGCAGCCCAGUGUCUAAGCCUCAAUCCUCCUGACAGGAAAAAAUAUGUCACGCCAGCCCUGGGCCCCACACAUCUGUCACUGAUGGAGUGAACCCCCAUCAGUCUAUCUCCAGUCCGACCAGGGCAUGAGCCACAGAGGCCAUUCGGCUCAGGCUGUGCGUACAGCCUCGUGGGCAGCUUCUGGGGCCCGACAUAGAACUCUUGAUCCCAUUUCCCUCCUGCCUGUGCAUGCCUGGGGGUGACUCCAGCCCCAGGUGAGCCCGCCAGCCCUGCCUUGGCACAUGGACGUGUCUGUGACGUGUAAACUGCCCCUAUUUAUCUCGGUGUGUUUGCCUCUGCAUGUACUAUUAAAUGUGCAGUGAAGUACCUCUUCCC